UGUUUCCCCAACUGGGAAACACAUAUCCCUAGUGAUAUGUGUUCCCCCACCUGGGAAACACAUAUCCCUAGUGAUAUGUGUUCCCCCACCUGGGAAACACAUAUCCCUAGUGAUAUGUGUUCCCCCACCUGGGAAACACAUAUCCCUAGUGAUAUGUGUUCCCCCACCUGGGAAACACAUAUCCCUAGUGAUAUGUGUUCCCCCACCUGGAAACACAUAUCCCUAGUGAUAUGUGUUCCCCCACCUGGGAAACACAUAUCCCUAGUGAUAUGUGUUCCCCCACCUAGGAAACACAUAUCCCUAGUGAUAUGUGUUCCCCCACAUGGGAAACACAUAUCCCUAGUGAUAUGUGUUCCCCCACCUGGGAAACAAAUAUCCCUAGUGAUAUGUGUUCCCCCACCUGGGAAACACAUAUCCCUAGUAAUAUGUGUUCCCCCACCUGGGAAACACAUAUCCCUAGUGAUAUGUGUUCCCCCACAUGGGAAACACAUAUCCCUAGUGAUAUGUGUUCCCCCACCUGGGAAACACAUAUCCCUAGUGAAAUGUGUUCCCCCACCUAGAAAACACAUAUCCCUAAUGAUACGUGUUUCCCCAACUGGGAAACACAUAUCCCUAGUGAUAUGUGUUCCCCCACCUAGAAAACACAUAUCCCUAGUGAUACGUGUUUCCCCAACUGGGAAACACAUAUCCCUAGUGAUAUGUGUUCCCCCACCUAGGAAACACAUAGCCUUAGUGAUAUGUGUUCCCCCACCCAGGAAACACAUAUCCCUAGUGAUAUGUGUUCCCUCACCUGGGAAACACAUAUCCCUAGUGAUAUGUGUUCCCCCACAUGGGAAACACAUAUCCCUAGUGAUAUGUGUUCCCCCACCUAGAAAACACAUAUCCCUAGUGAUAUGUGUUUCGCCAACUGGGAAACACAUAUCCCUAGUGAUAUGUGUUCCCCCACCUGGGAUAUACUUAUGUAGUUACUUGUUUUCUUCCGUCAACCAUACGUAUCCCUAGUGAUAUGUGUUUCCCUACCUGGGAAACACAAAUCCCUAGACAUAUGUGUUCCUUGACCUGGGAAACACAUAUCCCCAGUGAUAUGUGUUUCCCCACCUGGGAAUCGGGAAACACAUAUCCCUAGUGAUAUGUGUUCCCCCACUUGGGAAACACAUAUCCCUAGUGAUAUGUGUUCCCCCACCUGGGAAACACAUAUCCCUAGUGAUAUGUGUUUCCCCACCUAGGAAACACAUAUCCCUAAUGAUAUGUGUUCCCCUACCUGGGAAACACAUAUCCCUAGUGAUAUGUGUUCCCCCAUUUGGGAAACACAUAUCCCUAGUAAUAUGUGUUUCCCCCCCCCUGAAAACACAUAUCCCUAGUGAUAUGUGUUCCCCACCUGGGAAACACAUAUCCCUAGUGAUAUGCGUUCCCCUACCUGGGAAACACAUAUCCCUAGUGAUAUGUGUUCCCCCACUUGGGAAACACAUAUCCCUAGUGAUAUGUGUUCCCCCACCUAGGAAACACAUAUCCCUAGUGAUAUGUGUUUCCCCACUCGGGAAACACAAUGUGUUCCCGCACCUGGGAAACACAUAUCCCUAGUGAUAUGUGUUCCCGUACCUGGGAAACAUAUAUCCCUAGUGAUAUGUGUUUCCCUACCUUGGAAACACAUAUCUCUAGUGAUAUGUGUUCCCCCACCUGGGAAACACAUAUCCCUAGUGAUAUGUGUUUCCCCACCUGGGAAACACAUAUCCCUAGUGAUAUGUGUUUCCCCCUCCUGCAAAACGGAUAUCCCUAGUGAUAUGUGUUUCCCCACCUGGGAAACACAUAUCCCUUGUUAUAUGUGUUCCCCUACCUAGGAAACACAUAUCCCUAGUGAUAUGUGUUUUUCUACCUUGGAAACACAUAUCUCUAGUGAUAUGUGUUCCCCCACCUGGGAAACACAUAUCGCUAGUGAUAUGUGUUCCCCCACCUGGGAAAAACAUAUCGCUAGUGAUAUGUGUUCCUCCACCUGGGAAACUCAUAUU